ACGUGACCAGCUCUGGGCGGGGCCACGCGGGUUUGUUUUGGUCCCAAGCACCGAAGGCGUGGUUUGAGUUGUGGCGCUCCUCACAUCCUCCAGACCUUAGCUUCUUUCGCUCAGUCUUUCGUCCUCUAGUCAGAUCCUUCCUUGGCUUUUCCCCACCCCACAGGACUGGAGUCCUAGGGGGUGGUUUGUUGUUUUGCGGGGCUCCUGGCGGUGGGCCUGGUCUGUGCGUUCGCUGUCCCUGCAGCCACUCUGACCAGCCGCGGAGACCAGCACAGUGACUGUCUUUCACUUCUCUGCCCCUUCCGGCAGCAGCGUGACUCCAUCUCGUUUUUGUGACUGCCGGGAAUACGAACCUCGGGCAGAGUGUCCUUUGAUUGCUCUCCCUGUGACUCAUUUCCCGAUCCAGACAMGCCAAAUUGCUCCACUUGAGUUCUUAAGGACUCUGACAGCUGUCAGGCUUCUGGAUUUAUAUAUCAAAACAAACAAACAAGUGGCUGCCUGGUCAAGAGAUCAACAACCCCCCCAGUUUUUUCCUUGUUUACCCUUAGUCUGUUCAAAAUCAUAACCGAAGAUGGAUCUAGGUCACUUUGGGGCAGAAAUCUUACAACCUUAACACAAUCUUACUGUUCGCCUAUUAAGUGAUAGACAAAAUGGGUAAAAAUAUUACAUGUGGCAUUGGAUAUGUAAGACAAAAAGGUGACACAUUAUACUAGGUAGUACUUAUUUACAAAAACAAAGGCACAAGAUAUCAUUUUUGUAAUACCAUCCCCUGGCACGCUCCUAUACUUCGAUCUUAUUCCAUCAAUCCCCCCCCCAUAAUUUCUGAAGUUAUAAACCAAAUAAAACUAAACCCAAUAUAGUAGCAAGCAUUAGGUUAMGUGGCCUGAGGUCACCGAGUUGUUUAUUAGGCACAUGAUGCAAACUUCGGCACUUCCUCCAGCAACCCCCGGGUGGCUUGCCUAAUCUCCUCUACUGCAGUUUYCCUGGGAGUUUCCCUCUCCCGGGCCAACCGGGCUCCUCUUUGCCUUUACAAUUCCUCCCGGUCCUCUCAUAGCGACCCCAGCUCUUCCACGUGCGGGUGUUUGCUCGCAGUGCCUGAGGGCGGGGCGGACCUCAGCCUCCCCCCGCCUCCCCACCCACCGGCUCGGGUGGCGCAGGCGCACCAGGCACGGCCGGGAGGCCGAGGGCGACCACAGCAUCUCCGACUGGGGCUCCUCCCGCCGCGUCUGAGUGGGCUGGUAGGCGGCCACCGAGUCUGCUCCGGGCAGGGGCCGGCGGGCGGCGUGGCCAUGGGCGCAGGCUGGAGUAGCGACGAGGAGCGGCAGCCGCUACUGGGGCCCGGGCUCGGCCCUGGGCCCGGGGCUGCGCGCAGGAACCGGGAGGCGGCGGCGGUGGCUGUGGCGCUGCCCGCCGCUGGCCCCGGUCCGGGACGGGUGUACGGGCGCCGUUGGCUGGUGCUGCUGCUCUUCUCGCUGCUGGCGUUCGCGCAGGGCCUGGUCUGGAACACCUGGGGCCCUAUCCAGAACUCGGCGCGCCAGGCCUAUGGCUUCUCCAGCUGGGACAUCGCGCUGCUUGUGCUGUGGGGGCCCAUUGGCUUCCUGCCCUGCUUCGCGUUCAUGUGGCUCCUGGACAAGAGAGGACUUCGGGUGACUGUGCUUCUGACGUCGUUCCUUAUGGUUUUGGGAACUGGUCUAAGAUGCAUACCUAUAUCAGACUUAAUGCUGAAAAGACGAUUAAUCCAUGGAGGACAGAUGUUAAAUGGAUUGGCAGGUCCAACUGUAAUGAAUGCGGCACCAUUCCUCUCCACAACCUGGUUUUCUGCGGAUGAACGGGCCACUGCCACAGCGAUUGCUUCCAUGCUCAGUUAUCUGGGUGGGGCAUGUGCAUUUUUAGUUGGACCUCUUGUUGUUCCAGCUCCCAAUGGGACUUCACCUCUUCUUACUGCAGAGAGCAGCAGGGCUCAUAUUAAAGACAGCAUUGAGACUGUGUUGUAUGCAGAAUUUGGAGUUGUCUGCUUAAUAUUCUCUGCAACACUAGCUUACUUCCCACCCCGGCCUCCUCUUCCUCCCAGUGUUGCUGCAGCUAGCCAGAGGCUAAGUUAUCGACGCAGCUUUUGUAGGCUAUUAAGCAAUUUGAGAUUUUUGAUGAUUGCUUUAGCAUAUGCUAUCCCACUUGGUGUAUUUGCUGGCUGGUCUGGAGUUCUGGAUUUAAUUUUAACGCCAGUGCAUGUCAGCCAAGUAGAUGCUGGCUGGAUUGGAUUUUGGUCCAUAGUUGGAGGCUGUGUUGUUGGAAUAGCUAUGGCAAGGUUUGCAGAUUUUAUCCGGGGUAUGCUGAAGCUAAUUCUUCUCCUCCUAUUUUCUGGGGCUACACUGUCAUCCACAUGGUUCACCCUGACCUGUUUGAACAGUAUCACACACCUGCCUUUGACUACAGUGACAUUGUAUGCCUCCUGUAUUCUCCUGGGAGUGUUCUUGAAUAGCAGUGUACCUAUAUUUUUUGAGCUUUUUGUGGAAACUGUCUACCCAGUUCCAGAAGGAAUUACUUGUGGAGUCGUCACUUUUUUAAGUAAUAUGUUCAUGGGAGUACUUUUAUUUUUUCUCACAUUUUAUCAUACAGAGUUGUCUUGGUUCAACUGGUGCCUUCCCGGGUCGUGUUUGCUCAGUCUCCUCCUCAUUCUGUGCUUCAGGGAAUCCUAUGACAGACUUUAUCUUGAUGUGGUUGUCUCAGUUUAAUAGCACAGACUCGAGGGAGUUUGAAUGGAGACUGGAAAUCAAUACUGCACACUGCAGAUUUGCUUGGAAUUGCACAUCUAACAGGAAAAAAGGAGAAGAAAGAAACUUCAUUCAGAGGUUUUGUUAGGUUACAGAUUAUUGCAUUAAUUUAACUACUACUAGGUAAUAAUAAUGUGGGACUUGAGUGGUAAUAGGGGAUUUUAAAACUCUACAAGUGGCAUACCUGUGCCCAAUUCUGGGGUUGGAAGAGUGACGUCUUACUUAUUCAGCACUACCUAAGGAAUUCCCUCUGUGUUUUGUGCCAGUGCUAAACUACUGAUAAACUGUAAUUAUGAAAAGAAAAGAAGGCAUCUAUCACAUGAAGAUAACGCCUCCUGAGGUCACAUGACAGAAUAGGAAGAAAUGCCACUAACUUCUAAAGAAGUUUAAACCCUGUAUCAGAUUUUAAUGACAAAAUAGCCAACAGUAUAUCGAUAAUAGAAAUUAGCCACGUGUACACUACAUGUUUUUUCUAAUAAAAGCCAUUUCUUAUAUGACUCCU